CCCCGAUUAUCAACUUCAUGCAAUGCGACUGGCUUUCCCAGGGUAAACGCUUCGUUUUCGCUUAAAGCAGACAUCCUUCUCGCGUUUAUCAGACUGGGCGUUCCCAGCAUGUCGGCCAUGGCGACAGAAACCCUCGUCACCUUCCUCUUUGAAUGUCCUGCUCGUGCCCGCACCAUCGAACUGCUUGGUUCCUGGGACAACUUCACCAAACCAUAUCACCUACAACGAGACAGAAGAAGAGGUCACGGUAUCUGGUCUGGCUGCUACACGUUCCAGGACAUCAUCUGCGACGGCGAUCUCGACAACCUCGGCCAAAAACGUACCGGAGCUCUCAAAAUGGGCGGCACCUACUGGUACUACUACAAAGUGGACGAUGAGGAGUCUCAUAAUCCAUCGGAGCCAACAACAACAUCGUGCCCACUGCUCCCCGGUCAAAAGUUGAAUGUUUUGGAGGUCCCACUGGAAGCCCGGAGCAGAAGCAGUUCAGAGGAGUCGGGUGCGUUUACACGUAACCCCCAAGACAAAUUUCUUACCCCAGUACCACCCAAACCAAUGCCCUCUCCUCGACUGGGUGAUUUUUGCAAAGAAAAAUACUCGGUUCCCAUGCAAAACUAUGGCCCACCGCGCUCAGCCACGUUACCGCCAACAAGCCAUCCCUCACCUGCCAACCUCAAACAGCAUGCUCGGAGCGCAUCCACUUCCCCGAGCAUGUCGUCAACGGCCGUGUUCAGCGACUUCAAAGGCCUCAAAGAGAAACUGACGCAGAAGAAAGCAGCGCACGCACGAUCGAGCAGUGCCCGGGACCUGGAAAUCGGAGCUCCAACACUUAUCAGUACCACAGCAGAGGAAAUGAACCUCAUUCCCCUGGCAGCGCUGCAGCCACUACCGACGUCUCCCUACAGCAUCGAAUCGGAAGCAUCGUCAUCUUUUGUGACACCUGCUACGGCCAAUUUGCGGGCAUUCUCUCCACUUCGGUCGCAUCCUGUCAAGGACGUUGAAAUAGCUAGUGUCACCCGACCACGUUCACGAUCGUAUACGGCAGAAGCUACGACGCAACAGAUCCUGCUGAAGCCCAUUCUCAAUAGAGUGCAGUCUGCGGAGACGCAAAGACCUGCAGUAUCCCAUAACGAGCCGUGGACGGACUCGCCCAAACCUUCCUACCUCCAAAAUAACGACACGUCACCUGGGUUCAUGUUGGCGCCCGCGCCCGCGCCACCUCUGCAAAGGCCUUCGAUCCCCUCAACCAUUAGCGCGCGCCCGACGUCGAGCCACGGGGGUAACCGUAGUUCUACUCUGCGGAAAGCGCCGCUCGACAAAGACAAGAAGCUUCCACCCUUGCCUCGUUUCCUUGUCCCCGCUCCCCUUUUUGCUUGCAACGAAGCACUUAGCCCCAAGCCAUCGCUGCAUUCCGAAUCCGAGGUCGAAGAGAAGCCGCAAAGUUCCGAACCAGAAGAACAAACCCAACAUGUUCAUGACUCCCCCACUCCGCCUACGGAUUGGAACAGCCACUUCUCUCUCUGGAGCUCAGACUCACUUUCGUCUGGAUCGCCAACCGUAGACGACGAUGCAGUGAACUCGCCCACCUUGAGCGCCCUCACGAGCGAGUUCAGUGACUGGGAAUCCCCCAAGAAGCUCUCUGGACGUUUUUCCGGGGAUAGUUUUACGACCAGCCCAGGCCGCAAAGCAGCCGCUGUCUAUCAGCACGACGGGGAUUUGGAUGCAGAGCCGCCUGCAUCGGACGUCAUACCAGCACCGAAGCUAGAUUCGAUCCGUCUAUCAUCUUUCGAGCCGGGACUCUUCCUUGAUAUACAGUACGAAGAGUCGGGUCCUCGUCGACAGGCUGCCUGUUUCGGAUUCGGAUUCCAGGGCUACAAGCUCCCGGAGGAUGAGACCAACUCCAAGGGAACUCUCACACAGUCAUCACUGCAAUCUGGUCCACAAAUACAGCACAACCGCGGCAGCUCCGCCAGUGGGUUUGCGAAGCUCAUGGAUGAAUUUGGAUUCCUCGGUGAGUCCGUCGUGUGA